CGUCGGUAUACUUAAGUAACAAUACUUUAUUUUAAUAAUGACUAACGUUUUUGUUUUUCAUGUGCGCUUCCAAUAUCCGCAUCUGCAAGAAAUUUUAGAAGGUAUAUAGUUACAUUUGUAUAGUUUUGACUAGAAUUUCAUUUAUAAGAGCUUCCACUAUGUUAUUGUAUUUUUGACGUUGCCUUACGUCUGGUAAGUAAAGUUGGAAUCAACUUGUCGCAUUGCGAAAAUAAAUAAAAUAAAAUAUUUACCUACAGAGUUAUCGGACUCUCCUCGACCAAAAAUGUUUAAAGGAACAGUUCUGAUAAUAAUUUUGCUAAUGAUUGUUGAUUUAAAGUUUUACGAUACAUUUGUAGUAUAUUGACAUGCAUGUGGGUAGAUUGUAUAGGUGGUGGAAUCAGUUGAGAAUAAACGGUCAUCAAGCACACACACGUCUUCUCAUUAUUCACCGAUACUAUAUUGGCUAACGAGGAUAAAUUAAGUGUUUUAGUGUUAUUAUUAACGUUAAAAUCAGUGCGUGUACACGUAUCACUAAAAUAAAUCAUGUCCGUGGGAGAAAUCGGCGAGUUUAAUGUAUCAGUGGGAAAUUGGACCUUAUACGUAGAACGCCUAGAAAUGUUUUACAAAGUAAAUGAGGUUAAAGACGAAAUGUGGUUACCUACAUUAAUUGCAGUCAUCGGGGACGAAGCUUACGAAUUACUCAGCAAUUUGGUGAGCCCUAAGAAGCCGGCAACAAUGAGCUAUAAUGAGGUAGUGAGCAUCUUUCAAAACCACCUGCAACCGAAACCCUCAGAGAUGGCCGAACGCUAUCGGUUCCGACAGCGGAGACAGCAAUUAGAAGAAACGGUAGCCCAGUAUAUGACGGAGUUGAAAAAACUGUCAAAAUAUUGUGAGUUUGGUGCGAAUUUAGAAGAUAACCUCCGUGACCAAUUCGUGUGCGGUUUACGGAGUGACGUUAUUAGGCAGAGACUGUUCGCGGAGGAAAAACUGACCUACACAACGGCUAUCAAAUUGUCAAUCAGCCUGGAGGCGGCGGAACGGGAUGCGGCAGCAGUGGAGCACGUGGAGCAGCGUAGCGACGGCGGCGGCGGCGGCGGCGGCAGGGCGGCGGCGGGGGCGCCCGUGCUGUCCCUAGCCCCCGCGGGGGCGCGCGCCUCACACGGUCGCGGGCGCACCGCGCCGACCUCGGGAUCGGCUACUGGACAACGGCCGGGAACACAGGCGCCAUGCACAGCAUGCGGGGCGAAUACACACAGCUGGGCUCGCUGCAGAUUCAAGAAUUUUAUCUGCAGCAAAUGUAAACAGCGGGGACAUCUUCGCCGGCAGUGUCCCAACCCAGGGGCAGGCCCGUAUCGCCGCGACGGCAGGGGCAUCCACCACGUGGACACGCGCCUAGACCAGGCGGCGCCGCCGCGGGACGAGGAGGCGGAGGACAGCUUGUCCGAGCUGGAGGAGGACCUUCACCAACUUAGCUUGAACGGCUACAGACCGGUAUAAAGGGCUAUUCAGCGGUGGACUGGGAAGGUACAGCAGGGGCAAGGCGCGGCUCCGUGUCCGCGAGGGCAGCGUGCCCGUGUUCUGCCGCGCGCGCCCUCUGCCGUACGCCCUGCGCGAGCGCGUGGAG